AGGCUGUGGUCCAUCCCGUCCAGCUGAUCGCUUUGAUUUCAGUAACUGAUUCUCACUCACUCAACCGAAAUCCGGCUGCUCUGCGCUUCGUUUUUAUGCCGUUAUCUUUUAACACAACACCAUUUUUUGGUUCCCGGAGGGUUAAAUCAACAUUUCGGGUAGAUACCUGUGCUUAUUUUCUGUCUUCAACCGUUUUUAAGGGGUAGGCCUCAUCUUCGUCCUCGGUCUUGCGUGGUUCCAUGGAGGGCAGUGAGCGCAGCAAAGCGCCGGCGUUAGCGCCUCGAUGCCCCUGCGGGUUCUGGGGGUCCAGUAAAACCAUGAACCUGUGCUCUAAAUGCUUUGCCGACAUCCAAAAGAAACAGCCGGACGUUGAGUGUUCCACGAAGUCCAGUCCAGCUUCUGGAAGCAGCCAGUCAUCCGUCUACAGCAGUGACGCCAGCAGCAGUAGUAGUGGUGCAGGCCAGGCUUUACUCACAGUACAGAACUCAUCUAAACAAGCUGACCUCACAGCACAGGAAGGAGCUUCACAUACAGAACCUCUCUGCACACCAGCUAAACGGCCAUGUGACUCAGAUGAGGAGUCGGUGAGAAAGAAAGCACGAAUUUCUCCGGAGGAGCAAAAACAGAAGAGCCGUCGUCGCUGUUUCCGCUGUCAGAGUAAACUGGAGCUGGUUCAGCAGGAGCUGGGUUCCUGCCGCUGCGGUUAUGUGUUCUGCAUGCGGCACCGCCUGCCCGAGCAGCAUGAUUGCGUGUUUGACCACCAGGGCCGCGGGCGGCAGGAAGCUGUGAGGAAAAUGGUGAAGCUUGAGCGCAAGGUGGGCCGCUCAUGCCAACGAAUAGGGGAGGAGUGUUCCUGAGCCACGGCCAAUCGGAGGAAGGCUCAAGUUGCAUCUGAACACGUCCCAUUCGUGCAGGAGAUGGUCAGUCAGAAAGACUCGGGGACCUGUUUUAUACUGCCCGAGCUGCUGCUGCCCAACUCAAAACUGCACUCAGCAUUAACCUGGACUCUGAACUUUAGAGACCAUUUGGUCAGUUCUGGUUCUCUGCAGGCUGAAGCAGACUGUCCUAAAGCAGCGUGGUGGAGGCUGGCUGCUCAGUCUUCAGGGCUUCUCAGGUGUGGGUGGAGGGUUUGACCACAGCCUUCUACCUUCUCCUCAACUCCAACCUCUUUCAAGGCGUGUGUGUGUGUGUGUGUGUGUGUGUGUGUGUGUGUGUGUGUGUGUGUGUGUGUGUGUGUGUGUGUGUGUGUGUGUGUGUGUGUGUGUGUGAGAGAGGGGCUGCGCCGACGUUUUGUUCUGUUUGUUUUCCUGGCAGUGGUAGUUAACAAUGUUAUGAGUGAGUAAAGUCUAUGAAAGACCAACCCUGAAGCUGAAAAGAUUCUUCUAAAUCCUCAAUGGUCACCUCCUCCAGCGUAUCUCCAUCUGUCUCAUCCUCUCUUCCUCCUCACACCUGCUUCAGGAUCGAAUUUCACGAAACUAGCCCCAUCAGAAUGUCCCGGCUGCUGUGGUUCAAGAGGUUUCAGUUGGACUCAUCAGGUCGGGAGUUAUUUUUAGUUUGAGCCCUUUUUUUUUUUAUGCCUUUUUUUUGCUUUAAAGUGGAAUGGGAAAAAAUUAAUAUUAAUUAUCUUGAACUUUUAUUUAACUAUUAUUUUAUUUGCUCAUAUAGUUGGUAUAGAACAAGUAAUUUCUGGAUUAUUUAGAGUUGCUGCCCCUCCCCCCCUUUAAUUUAGCUGAUUCUCCUUGUUCUGUAAAAACAAAUAAACCUGAAUGAAAGUG